AUUGCAUUAGUUUGUUUGGUUUGGCUGACAACAAAGACGAUUUUUACUCGAAGAACGACCUUAGACGAACGAAUAAAGGUAACACUUAAAUUUAAACUCUAUAGUUUCAAUGUAGAUGGGAGGAUAUUUACUUUUUUAUUACACUCCUUGACAACUGCGUAGCACCUUACACAUUACACACACACUCGCAACACACGCACGUACACACACGCACACACAAACAUACACACACACACACACGACGGUCUGGGUCGAUCGACUAGACGUGAGGUUCCGUGACGAGAGGACGGUCUUGCCUUGACAGUUUUCUUCGUGUUGUUCUACUGUUACCUCGUGUUUAUAGACCAUACUGACGUAAACACGAACCCAUAGAGUGUCUAAGGAGUAUAUGGCGCCACCAGUCUUGCCGUGAGAACAAAGACAAGGCAGUACAGAGAGGGGACAGGAGCACCAGACAAGCACCACGCGGAGCAUCGUCCAUACUGCUCCCUGUGCUAUAUUUAUCCUCACGUCUUUCAGUGGAUAUAAGCUAUUUUGAAGAGGCCGGCACAUGGGGUACAGUCACAUAGUAUUCCCUAACCGCUGUUCCUGUUUCGUAUGGUGUUGAUAACCUCACUCACUCGGCCUAGUGGAUGACCAAAUAUACAUAUCACAGGCUAGAGUAGUUUUAUUUAUAAGAUGAAUAAACUUUGGUCUAAUAUGUGUUCGGUUGAAGUUCAGAGGAUGUACAUUGAAUCCAGGUCAAUAAGUAACGUGUUGUAAUCAUGACUGGUGUCGAGUGUGAACUUUGGAAUCGUAUCGAGGUGGUCAGGUCGUGGCAGAUGCAUCCACACCAGUAUCCAGUGGGGUGGAGGAGAUCCAUGGACAGCGCCGAUGAUGGAGGAGGAAUAAGAGAAGUCUCGAUGUGUUCAUGAUACUACUCGAGGAAGAGGCCACAAGCCCUAGGCCGUUGGAACUUCAGCUCGCCCUAUGAUGAUGAUGUUAAAGGUCCGUGGGCUGCGAGGCACCCCUCUAUUGGUUUGAGGCAGGUGUCUUCACACCAGGUUUCCGGCGUUAGAUAGCAUUUUACAAAACUUGACAACACUCAUUCGUUAUGGUGAUUAUUACUUUAACGAUGUGAAUGAGUUGUACAAGGAACACUCGUUAGUGACGUGCGUGAGUUGACUGGACAUACGUUCCGUCGCGUGUGGCAUAUUGGCCACACGCGGCUAAGGUGGUGUUGAGUGCAGCGGAAACUCUGACGAAGCCAUACAAACACGUGUUGCCAAAUAGGCAUUAUGGCAGGUACGAAUAACCCUCGGAGGGCAGCACUAAGCCUCAGCUUUCUUCGUGGAACGGGGCACUCCACGUUGAACCGAGACCGAUGCCACCGCGGCGUGUAUCAGCCCACCACCACUCCCAUCGUGGAGGAACAGAGUGCCCGUCUUCUCCCCACGCCAGGAGAGCAAGGCCCAAAUGUUGAGAAACCUGGUGUCGACCACAUCAUUGGCAAUGAGGAUGAGGAGGCAGAAAUCUAUGGAUACCGUCGAUCAAAACUUAAAACUGGCAUCACCUGGUUCUUCAUUGUGGUGUCUGCUGGAUUCCUGCGACUUGUAUUUCAUUGGGUUCCAGUCUGGAUGCUAAAGGCCACCCACUCUCAGUGCUCCUUGGAACAUGCCACUAAAGUUCUUAUUGUGGAAUAUUUCAAGAAAUACAAGAGGAACUUUGUUAAAAACAUCUCUGAAAUUAAUGCCCAUAAUAUACGCUUUCUUCCCAGUUCACCGCAAAGUAGGAUCUGGAAAAAUCUUCAAGAUCUUCUCUAUUUCUUUAUUGAUGCAAGCUAUGAAAAGGAGUACAGUGUUCUACACAGUGCAACAAAUCAAAUAGAGGAGAGACAUGGAGAUAUUCAGCAAAUGGAAGAUCUUAACCUACCAACAACUCUUAUUGUACCAACUGCAACUGGAUCAAUGAUAGAGACUGACAGCAUUCAAGUUUUUAGAUGUAGAAAAACUCUCUACAUAUGGGAUAAAGAAUUGAAAUCAUUCUACAGGUUGAGAGGAUUAGAUGUGGGGCAUACAGCAGAAGAUUUACAUAAAUACAGAGGACUUUCAUGGAUUGAACAAGCUCGAAGACGUAUUAUUUAUGGAGAAAAUAACAUUCGUGUUCCAAUCACACCUAUUAAUCAGCUCUUGUUCCUUGAAGCUCUCAAUCCAUUCUAUAUAUUCCAGCUGUUUUCUGUGUGCCUGUGGUAUACUGAUGAAUAUGUGUGGUAUGCCACAGUUAUCGUGGUCACUUCAGUUGUCUCCUUGAUAUCGGAGGUAUUCCAGAUGCACCGUAAUCAAGUGGUACUCAGUAAUACAAUACAGACAGCAGACACAGUACAAGUGCUUCGACCAGGUGACCAGGUUGACAUAAUUCCAUCAGAGCACCUUGUUCCAGGAGAUGUGAUUGUCAUACCACCACAAGGAUGCAUGAUGCAGUGUGACGCUGUUCUUUUGCAAGGAAACUGUAUAGUUAAUGAAUCCAUGCUUACUGGAGAAUCUGUUCCAGUGACCAAAACAGCAAUUGUUGAUCGCUCAGAUGUGAUAUAUAAGGAAAAGGAACACAGCCGACACACACUGUUCUGUGGAACACAAAUAAUCCAAACUCGGUUCUAUGGAGGUGAGAGAGUGACUGCUGUGGUAGUUUGUACUGGAUUCUCUACAAGCAAGGGAUCCUUGGUGUGUUCCAUCAUGUACCCACCUCCAGUGGACUUCAAAUUUCAACAAGAUUCAUACAAAUUUGUUGGAGUUCUUGCAGGAAUUGCAUCUAUAGGAUUUAUUUAUACAGUAAUUACAAAGGUUAUGCGUGAUCUUUCAGCAUCAUCAAUAGCACUAGAUUCUCUAGAUCUCAUAACAAUUGUGAUUCCUCCAGCACUGCCCAUGGCUAUGACGGUUGGAAUCUUGUAUGCGCUACAGAGACUUAAAAAGCAGAAGAUAUUUUGCAUAUCACCACGUUCCAUCAACAUAUCUGGAGUUUUGAAUUGCAUUUGUUUUGACAAGACUGGUACCCUGACUGAAGAUGGCUUAGACAUGCGAGGAGUUGUACCAAUGUCAGAAACAGCAAGUAAAGUAGAGCUGAGUCCAAUGACAUCUGCAAAAAUGCUACCUCAAGAUCACCUACUCUUUGCAAUGGCCACUUGUCAUUCCAUAACUGUCAUCAACUUUGAGAAAGUAGGGGAUCCUUUGGACCUAAAGAUGUUUGAAAGCACUGGAUGGAGUCUAGAUGAGCCAGGCUUAGAUGACACAAAUAAGUAUGAUAUGAUGAUGCCAUCUGUAGUUCGGCCUAGUGCACCAGAUGUUGUCAUCAGCAAUGAAAAUGUUGAAACAGAGCCACCCCUGGAGUUGGGAAUACUUCGUCAAUUUCCUUUCUCCUCUAGUCUGCAGCGAAUGUCUGUUAUCACUCGUCAACUUGGGGCUUCCAACUUUGAAUUGUAUUGUAAAGGUUCUCCAGAGAUGAUUGCCAGUUUAUCUCGCCCAGAAACUGUGCCCACUGAUUUUUCAGAACAGCUUCUUCAGUAUACAAUCCAAGGAUAUCGUGUUCUGGCUUUAGCAUGGCGUCCUCUCAAACUGUCAUAUUUAAAAGCUCAACGAAUUAAUAGGGAUGAAGUGGAAAGUAACCUACAAUUCCUUGGACUACUUGUGAUGGAGAACAGAUUAAAGAAAGAGACUACUCCUGUCAUUACCCAGCUUCAUAAGGCCCACAUCAAAACAAUAAUGGUAACUGGUGACAACAUGCUUACUGCACUAAGUGUUGGUCGUGAGUGUGGUCUAGUGAGCCCCAACCAACAAGUGAUUACCAUCAAAGCUACUGUACCUAACCAGAGUUGUUCUGCAAGCCUCACAUUCCAUGCUAAUAAGACCAAUACUCCCUCUUCAUCUGUGGUGACUCAGCAAGUAGAUUCUAUGGUCCAGGUGGAUCUUCACGAAAAGACAAAUGACUCAUAUUGUUUCGCCAUAGAGGGAAAGUCUUGGAGAGUGGUACACCAAUAUUUUCCAGAAGUAUUACAGAAGCUAGUUGUUCGUGGAGCAAUUUUUGCACGCAUGAGCCCAGAACAAAAACAACAACUUGUACUAGAACUUCAGUCUCUUGGUUAUUUUGUUGGAAUGUGUGGAGAUGGAGCAAAUGACUGUGGAGCUUUAAAAGCAGCUCAUGCUGGCAUUUCUCUCUCAGAAGCUGAGGCAUCUGUAGCUUCUCCCUUUACCUCAGCACAACCAAACAUCUCUUGUGUACCAAAGCUGAUUAAAGAAGGACGUUGUGCACUUGUUACCAGUUUUGGCAUUUUUAAGUAUAUGGCUGCAUACUCACUCACACAGUUUGUAUCAAUCAUGAUCUUGUAUUCAAUUGAUAGUAAUCUUACUGACAUUCAGUUUUUGUGGAUUGAUCUUUUUCUCAUAACUGUGUUUGCCAUAUUUUUUGGUCGAACUAAGUCAUACAAUGGACCACUGGCAUCAUACUCUCCACCAACAGCACUUUUAUCAUUUACUCCAAUAAUGUCCAUAUUAUUGCAUAUUUUUAUUGUCAUAAGUUUCCAGACAUAUUGCUUCUACUAUGUCCAGUAUCAGCCUUGGUUUGUACCAUAUAAUUCAACACUUGGAGAGGAAGAAGAUAUAUAUGGUUGCUAUGAAAAUUUUGCAGUUUUUUCAGUGUCCCAGUUUCAGUACAUCAUUCUUGCUCUAGUGUUCUCACGAGGACCACCUUUCCGUCAAAAUGUAUACACAAAUUUUCUCCUUACAGGAUCCUUUAUAAUAAUGAGUAUUUGUUGUGUGCUAUUUACGGUAGCUCCUCCUCAAUUCAUCAUUGAUAGUUUUGAAAUGGUUCUGCCACCUGAUGAUGAUGCAGAUGCAUAUUUUUUCAGAUGGGAAAUAAUUUUGUUGUCUGUUAUGUAUUCUGUUCUAGCAAUAUUUACUGAAUAUGUCAUAAUUGAUUAUAUUUUCUAUCGUAAAUGUAGACCUAAACUCCACAAUAUUUCAAAAUCAAAGAAAAAAUAUCUUGCUUUGGAAAGAGAUAUGCAACUAGAUAAGGAGUGGCCACCAUUAACUCCUCAUGAAGCAGAAAUUAAUGGCAUCUCAGACAAAAAGGAAGUAAUUCUGGAUGCUUCCAAGCUCCAUACUGCAGUUAUGAAAUCAGAAGUAAAUGGAAGUGCUCCAGGUGCUGUGACAACAAUAACUCAAUUUCAUUCUUCUCUGUAAUGUACAGUAUGGUGAUUAACAGUAUUGCAGAUAAUAUAUUGUAAUAUACAUAUACUGAUGAUAAUUAUUACGUAUAGUUAUACAUAAACUGAUUUUAUAUUUCACAAGUGCUGUUAUACAAUCUUUUUUUAAAUUCUGAAAGUAAAAAUUUGCAUACAUACAGAGAAGCCUUGCAAAUCUCAACAUAAAACUACAUUUCUAUAAAAGGAAACUACUAUGAGGGAAAGAAUGGGUUAUAUAUUGAAAAUUAACCCUCUAAAAUGCUUAUCUUUAAAUGGCCUUGUAAUAAGUACAGUACUGUCUUAUACAUCUUGCACUGCCAUACAAUCUGGGACAUGAGUUAUAUGAUAAAUAAGUGAAUAAUAAUGAUAUAGUAUAAAAAUUGUAUGUAAUGCAUAAUGUUGCAUAUCCUUUAUGAGAUGUAUGAAACAUGAAAAUUUUAUAUUAAAUUUUAUUGACAUCCAUUCUUAUGUAAAGAAAAUAGACAUCUGCUGUACUUAAUCAUUAUAGUUUUGUGAGAAACAAACAAAACUCAUUAUACAACAUGCAAGGAUUUGGUGAUGAUUCAUCUGAUUUCAAAUUCAUCAAAAUCCUAGUCUAAAUAGGAUAGGUCAUGGAUAUCUUGAGAUCUAGACUGUGCACAAGCAGUUCCUUUUGUAGAAAACUCUGUCCUCAUAGGCUAGUCAAUCAAUGGAACAUGUGUUUCAUUUCUUCUACCUAAAGAUGCAAAUGAAUCAGGUCAUAUUAGAUGAUCUUAUGAGUAGACAUCCUUAGCCCUUUUUAAGGAAGACACUGAUAACUUUAAUGUGGUAUUCUUUGUACAGUAUUAACCUUCUGUGUUCUACUGAUGGGUUUAAGCUUUACAAUUAGGACAGAAAAAGAACAACACUAUGAAGUAAUGAGACAUGAUUAUA